AUGGCGCACGGCGGCGGCGACGGAAAUUCGGUGGGGCCGGACUUCGACCUACCCGACGAUGUUCUGGCGGUCAUACCCACGGACCCGUACGAACAACUGGAUCUGGCCCGCAAGCUAACGUCAAUGGCCAUCGCGUCGCGCGUGUCGAAGCUCGAGACGGAGACCAGGAGCCUCCGCCAGAAGCUCAGCGAGAAGGACCGCCUCGUUGAGGAGCUGGAGGACAAGGUCUCCCAGCUCGAGGGUGCGUUCCAAGACGCGGAAAUGCGAUUGAAACUCACUCGCGAAGAAAAUAUGGAGCUACUGAAGGAGAGGGAUUCUUUGGCUUCCACAGCAAAGAAGCUCAGUCGUGAUUUGGCCAAGGUCCUUAGUUUCUUUAAUGCUUCCCCUGGAGAGUAUAAAUGUAUAUUCACAUCUGGGGCAACAGCUGCUUUGAAGCUUGUGGGUGAAACAUUUCCAUGGAGCAGACAAAGUACUUUUAUGUACACUAUGGAGAAUCACAACAGUGUUCUUGGGAUCAGAGAAUAUGCUCUCGGUAAAGGAGCUGUAGCUGUUGCUGUAGACAUUGCCGAUCAAGGCCAUAAUGGGAAAUCUGACAUUAAGAUUACGCCGCAUACUGUACAGAGAAGAGGGGAAGCGGGAUGCAUAUUGAAGGAGCAAACAAGCGAUACCUACAAUUUGUUUGCAUUCCCGUCAGAAUGCAACUUUUCAGGUCUCAGAUUCAACCUAGACCUGGUAAAUGUUGUCAAGGAAGAUUCAUUUGAAAUACCAGGAACUUCUCUGCAUCAGAGGUGCAUGAUUUUGAUUGAUGCUGCGAAAGGAAGUGCAACAUCGCCACCUGAUUUAUCAAAAUAUAAGGCGGACUUCGUUGUUGUCUCAUUCUAUAAGCUAUUUGGCUACCCAACUGGGAUUGGAGCUCUUAUUGCCCGAAAUGGCACAGUGGCUGCAUCAAUUGCAGACAUUGACUUUUACAGAAGAAGAGAUGGCAUUGAGGAACAUUUUGAGGACGGGACCUUAUCCUUUGCUAGCAUUGCAUCUCUUCGCCAUGGAUUCAAGAUACUCAAUGCAUUAACAAUGUCUAGUAUCUCCAGGCAUGAAAUGUCGCUUGCCUCGUAUGUUAGAAGAGAACUCUUGUCUCUUACACAUGUAAAUGGAAAUCGUGUCUGCACAGUCUAUGGCGUAGAUGAUCCUCAGUUAUCAAGCAAUAAAAUGGGUCCGACUGUUUCAUUCAACUUGAAAAGGCUUGAUGGAUCUUGGGUCGGCCAUCGGGAGGUGGAAAAAUUGGCAUCCUUGUCCAAUAUUCAGUUACGGGCAUUUUUAUCUUCUCUUUUUCCCCCUCCUAUUCUCAUGCUUAGACAGGAUGCUUUUGUAAUCCUGGUGCGUGUGCAAAACAUCUUGGCAGGACACAUUUGUUGGGAUGAUCAAGAUAUAUUGCAUGGGAAGCCAACUGGAGCUGUUAGAGUGUCGUUUGGUUACAUGUCAACAUUUGAAGAUGCCAGGAGGUUCUUGGAAUUCAUCAGGGGUUCAUUUGUAUCGUUAGCUGCUCAAGGAAUGUGUAGAGCACCAUAUUUAGCUGAAGGCAUCGAGAGAGUAACUGCAAAAUGCUCUCUCAAAUCAAUUACUAUUUAUCCAAUAAAAUCAUGUGCAGGAUUUACCGUGGAGAGCUGGCCCUUGAGUAGCACUGGGUUGUUACAUGAUAGAGAAUGGCUUCUCAAGAGCUUCAGUGGAGAAGUUUUGACUCAGAAAAAGGUUCCAGAAUUGGGUUUUAUUACUACUCUUGUUGAUCUCAAAUCGGGACUACUCAUAGCGGAGUCACCACACUGCAAAGAGAAACUGCACGUUGAACUAAAAUCUGGUCAAUCUAUUGCUGGCAGAGAAGUUAUGGAAGUAUAUUCUCAAAGAUAUGAAGUCCAAGGCUAUAGCAAUGAGGUCGAUAUAUGGUUUAGCAAUGCUAUUGGCCGGUCAUGCAAACUCGUCAGGAGUUAUUCUCCUCACCAAAACCUUGUUUGCUUUCCAAGUAGAAACACAGAAGGAAUGUGCAGAGAUUUCAAGACGAAAUUGAAUUUUGUCAAUGAAGCUCAGUUUUUGCUAGUAACAGAGGAAAGCAUUGCAGAUCUGAACCGCAGAUUGAAAUCGAGUAUGCCUUAUAUUCCUUUCUCAUACCACCAAUAUGCAUAUUUAUAGAUUUUUACCUUAAAAAGAUACUCGUCUGAA